CCUAGCUUUGUGCGGUGGCUUCGGGAUCACCGAAGGAAUGACGCUUCUGCUCCCAGAGAUUGCACAGAGCUGCUCAGCCCAGAAGUGGCCUACUGAGAUCCUCUCAGCGGCUUUCGUAGACCGCGUGAACGUGCUAAAAACCAAGAAAUUCGUGGAACUGGGCCACGGUUUUGGCUCCCUCUUCAACGUCGGGCACUGGCGACUGUGGCUUGCGAGCGUGCUGCGCAUUUUCGUCCGCGGAAUGAUGACUUGCUGCACAUCUUGCGGCUUGUGCGCAACAAGGCAGAAGCGCAGAAUCAGAAGGACGCAUUGCAGAAAAGAAGCCGCUAUGUGA